GUGAUUUUAGGUGGAAAGAGAUGUGCCAGUUGUGGCGUGUUUUGUUUGUGUUGUUUAUUUAUAGCUCGGGUACCAUAACAGAACAGGGUUUCUGCAAGGAAAAAGGCUGUUCAGAAGAAAGGGAAAGAGCGACACUUGCUAAAUCACAGUCGGAAAGAGAAACAGUUCGUUCAUCUGGCAUGGAGUGGAGAUCCCACGGGAGAGAUAACAACGAUUUAGUCUCGCAGCUCACGCGAAAUAAAAUUCUGAAAACUCAGCGAGUUCAGGAGGCAAUGAGAAAGGUGGAUCGUGGAAAUUAUUGCGACUUUUCACCGUACUUGGACUCGCCUCAGUCUAUUGGUUAUGGCGUGACAAUUAGCGCGCCCCACAUGCAUGCACACGCGCUAGAAAUGCUGAAGGAUCAUUUGCUCGAAGGAGCUAAAGCAUUGGAUGUCGGCUCAGGUAUUGCCGAGAUACGUAGGUAAACAUUUUCACACGGCCGCACGUAAUAUAAACAGCGAACAUGAAUAGAGAUUGAGUAAGAAAAUGCGUACAAUAAGAGGUAUGGGGCUCUGUGGAAAUUUCACUGGCUUGUGACUGCUGACACAGAAAGCUCAAUUUUGUGCAGGUUUUACAGCGUGUUUUUAUGGUACCAAGUGCACAAGUAUAAUUUCCUGCUGAGGGGGAGUGACCCUGUAGCCAAUGUGGGCAGUAACUUAUAGGGGUAUAGAAUAUUUCCUUGGAAAACGUUACUCUUUGAAAAUUUUGCCUCGGUCUCAAAAUCUCGGAAGCGUUUGUGACAGGUCAUGAAGUCUUGUUUUUGGGUGAUUUGCAUCUCGGAGUCUUACAGUUUUUUAAGUCUGGGACUCAUAUUUUUUAAGGGGAGUCUCAAAUCAGAGUCUCACAAAGUCUCAAAUUUACCAUUCUAUGCCCCUUAAAUUAGACCCACCAAAAACUUUCUGUCUUCAAAAUUACAUACCAUAGGUCCUCACUGCUAGCUGGAAUUAUUCGUGUGAUAAGCCACUGUAUGUGCAUGGAUAAUUUGUACUUAUUUUUGUUCUAACUAAAGGUAGAGAUCAACACUUGUCGCUCUAAGGUCAUGUGGCUUUCAUAAACUUAAGGGAGGAGCUAUUGAACAACUUUAAAAUAAAAUUAUAUUCACCAAAACACUCCUAUCUUUCAGACACCUUCCCCUCAGAAGGAGUAACCCCAUGCGCCAGAAGUAUUAACCAGAGUGUUGGGUUUCAAUGAUUGUUCCUUGGUUAUGGUGCAUAGGGUGAUCAUCACUGACAGUUAACCACUUACAGUCUUUUUUAGCUUGAACAUUAAUUUUGAUUUCCCAUUUCAGACCUGGUCAGUGUUACCCAAAUGUCAUGAUAUUGAUAUGUACAUGCAUGUGGGCAUGAUUUAUUAAAAGACAAAAAGCAAAUUCCCUGGAGAACAUCACAUCAUGUCACAUGGCCUGAAUUGAACCAUAAUAAUAAUAUUGUUGUUAUACAUUGUACUCACUAUCUGUCUUCUCAUUGGCUAAGAACCUACAGCUUUUCUGUAGGUUGUGUGGGCAAUGCAUGAUUUCCAGUAACAACAUUAUUCAGGUUCCUUGCGAUGAUGUGUUUGUCAUUAUUUUCUUCAAAACAAUGUAUAAUAAAACAAUUAUUAGAUUUGGUUUUUUAGAUUUGGUUUUGUGAUAUGCGGCCCCAAAGGGUAGGGUUUUUCAACCGUUUUGGUCUCGAACAGGGUAACGAUUUUUUGCACUGUAGUCUUGAAUGCACUUUUUUAGAAGAAGCUAUUUCCUUAUCAUGUCCCCCUAACCUAAUAAAAGAUAAAUAAAAUUGCCUUUAACAUUGGUCUGAACUAGGGAAAUAAUUAUAAGGCAGGUCUGAAACAGGGUAUUGAUUUAAGGGUCAGGUCCGGAUGUCAUAAAAAACCUCAUCCAGGUCAUAAAUAAUAAGGGUUUUAUAAGUACCCCCGGGAAACAUAAUUAUUGUUUCGGCCUUUUAUUUAACUCUUACCCGAUCUUGAUUAGAUGUCACAAAAACCUCAUCUGAGAUGGGCUAUUCUGAGAUGGGCUAUUCCAAGAAGCAGCAAGGGGGGGAGGCAUGGGGAGGGGUUGUGGAGACAGGUUAAUGACUUGCUUAAAUUUGUUAUCUUUGAGGCAGUCAGUCUUCACUAGGCUGCAUCACAGACAUAAUCUAAUUCCGGUUAGUAACAUCUGCGAAGCAGUGCCAAGAUACUUGUUUUUGGCCCCCUAAAACAUGGCUUGCACUCGAAUCCUGGUACACAGGUGGAGCCAGCCCAGAACAAGGAUUUUGGCGCUGUUUCAGAGUCAGACUAAACAAGAGUUCAGGUUUAUCUGUGGUACUGGAUUUGUCUACUCCAAUGCAUUCUUUAAGACCUCUGUUUUCAUGUUUGUAGAUGGGGUCUGUGCUGUUGCUGUCUUUGAGCUAUUUUGUGUUUUUAAUUUUUUUGUUUAAUUCUUGGCUUCCUCACAACAGCAUUCUGAUCCCAUUUCAGGGAGCGGUUACCUCACUGCCUGCAUGGCUGAAAUGGUAGGAAAAACUGGGAAGGUAGUUGGCAUUGAACACAUCCCUGAACUCGUGGAGCAGUCAAAGCAAAACAUCAAGCGUGGCAAUGCUGAUCUUUUGGAGAGUGGUCAGGUUGUUCUUGUGACAGGUGAUGGACGACAGGGAUAUGAGAAUGGUAAGUGGAAAGGCAAUAGAAAGAGUCAGAACCUUGAUAUGCUUGAGUGACAAAAUAGGAGCAGUGGUGAGUGCAGUGGUGAGUGCACUCACCUUCCACCAAUGUGGCCAGGACAGAGUUUGUUGUUGGUUCUCUCCCUUGCUCCGUGAGGUUUAUCUCCAGGUACUCCAGUUUUCUUUCCAAUUCCACUAGAAAUGGUCAAGGAAGAACCACUUACUUUGUGCUGUGCUUAGCUAUAAAUCAAUUUUAUUUAUAUAUUUAGAAGUUAUAUCAAUUCUACUGCAGUUAAUUUACAUCUCUUAUAAAACUUAAUAUUAUAUUUUUGUUUAAUAUCCAUUACUGAAAUAUUUUACCAGGUCAGAGCAUGCUAGCGGGAUAUAUGGUACACUUCAGUUCUGAAACCAUUUUUCAAUGUUCAGAGAGUUCAGAGAAUUUACUGAUGUUAGGUUUAUUACAUCUUGUGUUCUGCAUUCAAUCGACAUACAAGAAGUAUUUAUGUCCUUUCAUCUUACAUACCAUUGUUGGAUAGUUUCUUGGUGUUGCAGACAGCUGUGAGAUCACCAAAGGAGUUAUCACAGUCGAUUGAAGAUACACUGAACAAUAUGUCCACACUGUAAUACAAAAUGUACCCAACAGUGGCUCCCACAACACCAAGAAAGGACCCUUUUUGGAAGUUUCUUUUUUGUGUGUCAUCACAAUUUUGCUGUUUUGCUACACAAUAUACAUUUUCAUUUUUCCAACCAAUAAUCAAGUUUUAAAUAUAACUUUUGUAAAUUUUACAGAAGCUCCAUAUGAUGCAAUACAUGUUGGUGCCGCAGCUCAUCCCAUUCCAGAUGCCCUCAUAAAACAACUUAAACCUGGCGGCAGGCUGUUUAUACCUGUUGGUCCCACCCAUGGAGACCAGUGGCUUGAACAGAUCGACAAGGAUAAAGAUGGAAAUAUAGUACGACAAAGGCUAAUGGGUGUGAGAUACGUGCCUCUCACAGACAGAGCACAGCAAAUAUGGAGAAAUUGAAAAUGGUAGAUUUUAUGAACUGAAGCAACUAUCAGGACCAUCCUGCUAUCUAUUAUGGGUGAAAGCCUUUGUUUGGCUUACCCAAUCAAAGUAUUUACGUAAAGUGACCAGCAUUUUGGAACCAUUACAAGAACUUG